AUGUUAAUCAAUAAGAACACAGCCGUCUCUACAAACAAAGUAUUUUUGGUACCUUAUGAAGAAUCCCAUGUGAUGACAUAUCAUGAGUGGAUGAAAGAUGAGGAAAUCCAACAAGCAACCGCAUCCGAACCCCUCUCCCUCGAAGAAGAAUAUGCAAUGCAGAGGAGUUGGAGAACAGACCAUGAUAAAUUAACGUUUAUAAUUUGUUUACCGCGGGAGGAAAGUGGAGGUGAAGAGGAUAGGGAGGGUGGAUGGAGUGGGGAGGGAAAGAUGAUUGGGGAUGUUAAUUUAUUUUUGACGGGCGCGGAUGAGGAUGGGGAUGGGGAUGGAGACGGGGAUGGGGAUGGGUAUAUGGGGGAAAUUGAAAUUAUGAUCGCGGAGGCAAGUGCUAGAGGGAAGGGAUUGGGGAGGGCGGCGGUACUGAGUUUUAUGGAGUUUUUAAGGGGGAAUUUGGAGGGGGUGGUGGGGGAGUAUAGGGAGGGGAUUGGGGGGGAGAGGAAAAUUGAAGGAGGGGGAAUGAAGGGACUGCAGUUGAGGGUUAAGAUUGGUGGGAAGAAUUUUGGGAGUAUUAGAUUGUUUGAGAGUGUAGGGUUUGUGAAGGUGAGGGAGGAAGAGAAUUAUUUUGGGGAGCUGGAAUUAAUGUUUGAGGGGUGGGAAGGGGAUGAGAGGGUUAAGGGGUUGAUGGGAAGGUUUGGAGUGCAGGGAUUUGGAGAUAUAGUUAUGAAGAUGAUCACUGGUAGCGAAUUAGCGAUGAUUCAUCGUGAUAUCGCUAUGGCAUACCGGUAUAACAUGUACUGA